AGACUGAAUUUCCACCAUCACUUUAUGAAUAGGGAAACUUGCAAGAAAAUUUGAGCUUCUAAAAAGCGGGAAGAACUACAACACAAGGUACAUCCCCAAAAUUGGUUGCACCAAGUGAAAUUUUAUGCUGUGCUUUGUUUUUCCUUGGAGCAACAGAACAAGAAAUGAGAGAAAAAAGGAAAAGAUCACAAAAAUCUCGGGAUGUUGCACAAAUUCCUUGCAUUCGAGUCCCUCCCUCUGCUUCUGAUUCUUCAUUACUGAAGGACCUGACCCGAGGGCAACAGCGCUACUUUUACAGCAUCCAGAGAAUUUAUGACUCCAGGCCCCAGUGGGAGGCCCUGCAGACCCGCUACAUCCGUAGCCUUUGGCACCAGCAGCGGCUGGGCUAUAUCACUCAGCGGGAAGCCUUGUCUUAUGCUGCAGUACUUAGAGAUUCCACCAAGAGAGCCUCAGUCAAGGAAGCUCCUCAAAGGACCAUUCCCAGGAAGUCUACAGCCAUGACCAGAAAAGUUCUGUCAGCAAGACCCCAGUUGGUGGUUCUACCUAGGAUCCAAAGCACAGGGCGCUGAACCCUCAGGAACUGGGGUCUGCACAGUCUCUACCCAGGCACUUUGCCUAUGUGUCUCUGGCAUCUGGUGGGUGUUGGGUGCAUGGUUGUUGAAUGACAAUGAAUAAAGGAAUAACUUCUAAUACAAACCUCAGACUUAGAAAUAGUCUCAUUCACAGAAAUUUUACCAGCAAGAGCAAGUUGAAAGGUUUUAAAAGCAAUAGAACUCAGACUUAGAAAUAGUCUCAUUCACAGAAAUUUUACCAGCAAGAGCAAGUUGAAAGGUUUUAAAAGCAAUAGAACUGAGAGCGAGCUUUUCCAUGUUCAGUCUGUAGAAUAAGGUGACUUUCAAAGUUUUCAAAAGAGAAACUUCCUUGGAAUUUGGACCUCCCAGAGAAAUCCCCCAAAUAGUGAAAGACCAGAAGGUGCCAGGCCUCCUGUCCCUGGGUGACCAUUCCCUAUAAGCCACGUACUACUAUACUGAAAAACAGAAACCAGCACAGAGUAAGCAGGAUCAGGUGGGGCUUCCCCAGCAACAACUGGUGUGUCCUUCUCCUUCCUCUCUUCUUCCCUAUCAAACAAUAACAUUUAAAUUGGUCCCAAAGUUUCUGGUUCUUGCCCCCACUCAAUCACUUUAUGCCAUCUUGAAACUUGCACUUAUCAGCCUGCCACUGCUAGGCUGACUCUAAACAACUGUGAUUGUCCUUGACACAGGGAAGAGAAUCCACGCAUGCACCUUCCCCUGGCAGCCAAACAAACAGUCUAAGCAAAACAGAAAGCAACCUCAAACAACUAAUCCAAGUCCAACCUCCCAUGGUCUCAGAGGGUGUAAGCAAAGCACACAAGAUCAUGUGAAUGAGCAAAAAAUGAGAUAAUAGUGAGUCAGAUGAUUGCACAACUGAUAUUGUAUUAUAUUAAUUAUAUUUAAUAGCUACACCAACAAUUUUGUGUGUUAAAAAUUAGUCAUCAGUACUUGCAAAUAAAAAAU